AAACAUCAAAAUUGAAUCGUAAUCCAAGACGAAUCAAAGAAGAGGACCUAAGUCACCAAAAAAUCUCAUAUGGUACGUUUCUAUUUGAUGUGGCCAUUUUUCUAAUUUUUGAGCCACUUGAUGUAUAUGUGGUGGCGGUGGUGAUACGUCUCUCUCUUAUCUUCCUCGAGAUAACUCAUUCACAAUCAUUCCAACUACCCAGAAAUUUCCAGCCAAAAUCAAAAGCAAAAAAUACGUAAAAUUCCAUACUUUCGAAAGUUUACCCUUUCGUCCAGAACCCUAUUAUGAGAAAUUUUUGGGUAUAUGUCUUCUGAUUUUGAAAACAGUAGGAGUAUUUUUUAUUUCAGUUUUGAGAUUUCAUUUCUCUCCUUCCCCUUUCUUCUUUGGGAGGAGGAAAGCAGAGAAGGGCCCUAUACCACGUUCAGACCAAAAGCCCUUUCUCUCUCUACAACAUACCCAUUUGAGCCCCUACCUUUGGGCAAAUAGAUCCCAGCAUCAAAAGCGUAAUCUGCUGAUAAGUUUCUGCUCAAAUUGUUGAAUUGUGUGAACCGGUUUGUUGUGCGUCAGAUUUGGUUUUUUGAAUUGGGUUUUAUGUACCCUUGGAAUGUCGCUUUUGCCCAAAAGCGAUUCAAUCCAAAUUCGAGAUGUAUGGAAGGACAAUCUGGAGGAAGAGUUCACUUUGAUUCGAGAAAUAGUUGAUGAAUUUCCGUAUAUAGCUAUGGAUACGGAGUUUCCGGGAAUUGUUCUUCGCCCGGUGGGAAUUUUCAAGAACAAUAACGAUUAUCAUUACCAGACUUUGAAAGACAACGUAGACAUGUUGAAGUUGAUUCAGUUAGGGCUUACUUUUUCAGAUGAAGAUGGGAAUUUACCCACUUGUGGGUCUGAUAAGUAUUGCAUUUGGCAGUUCAAUUUCUGCGAAUUUAAUGUGAAUGAAGAUGUUUUCGCAAACGACUCGAUCGAGCUCUUACGACAGAGCGGGAUUGAUUUUAACAAAAACAAUGAUAUGGGUAUUGAUGCGAAGCGAUUUGGAGAGCUUUUGAUGUCGUCUGGGAUUGUUUUGAAUGACAAUGUUUAUUGGGUUACUUUCCAUAGUGGGUAUGAUUUUGGGUACUUGCUUAAGGUAUUGACUUGCCAGGAUUUACCUGAUACUCAAGCUGGGUUCUUUGAUCUGAUCAAUAUGUAUUUUCCGGUCGUUUAUGACAUCAAGCAUCUCAUGAAGUUCUGUAAUAGCCUUCAUGGCGGAUUGAACAAGCUCGCAGAACUGUUGGAAGUUGAGAGAGUUGGUGUUUGUCACCAGGCAGGUUCAGAUAGUUUGCUCACAGCUUGUACGUUCAGGAAGUUGAAAGAGAAUUUCUUUAGCGGCUCACUUGAGAAGUAUGCCGGCGUUUUGUAUGGUCUAGGUGUUGAAAAUUGAUAGUUUAGUAAUACCUAUUGCAAAUUGAAUAAUUUUUGAAAACAUGAUAGCUGUUUGUUUAAGUAUAUGUUUGUGCAUGAUGAGUCGAUGACAAACAACAUUCCUAUUACACUAUUGGAAAUGAUGUUUCUUGAUUAAGUAUGCCAACGACAUUUCAGUGCA